CCUUUAACAAGCCCUGAUAAAGUAAUGCAUCAUCAUUCUCACAAGCAGCGACAUCGAUCGAAACAUUGCACUAGCCUCAUUGAGUUGUUGCAUGAAGAGGGAAUGAAACCAUCUAAUAUUAAAAAGGUUCUUAAUGUUGGGUAUCAGGGACAAGAUGCUGAACAAGUCACCACACAACAGAUGAUUGAUCAUAUCAGAAAGACAAGGCAAAAUAACAUUGGCUAUGAAUGCUUAAACAUCAUUAGACAUUUCCAAGAUAGAAAGGAAUCAGAUCCAGAUUUCUAUUUUGCUAUGGAGGUCGAUCACUGUGGAACACUAAGAAGUGUGUUUUGGGCCGAUGGUAGAGCUAGAGCAUCUUAUUUAAGUCUUGGAGAUGUGGUUGUGUUUGAUACCACAUACAAGACUAAUCAGUUGAGUAUGCCAUUUGCUCCAUUUACAGGAGUAAACCACCACCGCCAAUCCACCCUCUUCGGUUGUGCAUUGCUUGCAGACGAGCGAGAGGAAACCUUCGAGUGGUUGUUUUCACAAUGGCUCAAGUGUAUGCAUGGGGUUGCACCAAAGGCUAUCAUAACUGAUCAGGAUGCACAAAUGAAAAAUGCUAUUAAGAGCAUUUUGCCAAAUACUCGUCAUCGCUUUUGUUCUUGGCAUGUUAGAAAGCAUAUUGCCGAGCAACAAGUAAAGUUGAAGAGCCAAUACGGGGAUGAGAUGCCUACAUAUUUUAACAAUUGGUAUUCUGCUAGAAGUAUAAGCAAAUGCGAAGAGCAUUGGGAAGUCAUGAAGGUUAAAUUCAACAUAAAUGAAGGUGAAAAUAGUUGGCUGACAAGAAUGUAUAGAUUGCGUGAACAUUGGGUAGAUGCAUACUUGAAGGACUGUUUUUGGGCGGGAAUGGCAACAAGCCAAAGGAGUGAGAGUAUCAAUGCCUUUUUUGAUGGCUUUGUCAAUGCAAACACUAGACUAGUUGAGUUCGUGGGUCAAUAUGACAAGGCAGUAGCAUCUCGUCGUGCAUCAGAAUCUCAUGAGGACUUCAUGACUUUGAACACCGUGCCUGCGAUGAGCUUCUCAAAUCCGAUUGAAGAGCAAGUUGGAAAUAUAUACACUAGGACGAUCUUGAAGAUGUUCCAAAGGGAGCUUGGUGAUGUGAUGUCAUUACAUCGUGAAGAAGUGUCAAAGGAGGAGUUGAAAGUAGUAUACUUGGUUGGCAAAUAUUUUGAAAACAAAGAGUCUUGGGAAGAAGUAACCUAUGAAAUAAAUAGUGAGCUUAACGUUGCAUGCACUUGUUCAUUUUGGGAAACUGAAGGGGUGCUUUGUAAGCAUAUACUGAAUAUAUUAUGGCUAAACCAAGUGACUUCUAUUCCCGAUAGGUAUAUCUUGCCUAGAUGGAAAAUUGAUGCAAGGUAUAGAUAUCUUGGCUUUGUUAAUGCUAUGAAGUUGCAACAAAAUGAAGAUAGCAUGGAGCAGGGAAGUAUUAUACGAUUAUGGGCUUUAAGAGGAAAUUUUAAUGAAGCACUUGAUAUGGCAGCGGGCUCGAAGGAUCUUCUUUCUAAGUUGGAGCAACAAAUAUCAAACUUCCUUGCAGAAGCAAGGGAGGAAGCAAGGCGCAAUAUGGCACAAACUCUAGAUUCUCAAGUUGAGAGCCACGUAGAUUCAAAUACUCAUGUGCUUAUAUUGAAAGAUGGUGAGGAAAUUAUGGUUCGAGAUCCCCUCGGCCCUGUGAAACCAAAGGGACGUCCAAAAAAUUCAACUAGGACUAAAAGUGGCUUUGAAGAAUCGGAAAGGCAAAAAGAGGUGAGACAACGAAAAUGUGGUCAUUGUCAUGAAUUGGGCCACUAUAGGACGGGUUGUCAAUUGUUGAAAAAGCAAAAGAGAUAGUUUGCGAGAUAGUUUGCAAAAGUAUAAUGGAGCUCAAGAACAAUGUGGUGUUAAAUGAUGUGGUUGUUUAUUGAUCAAUUUGGUUAUUUAUUGUCUAGUUUGGUUGUAUGGACUUAUUAUUAUAAGGGCUUAUUGACUAAUUGUGGUUGUAUAGAUGUAUUUGUAUGUUGUGGUUGUAUGGACUAAUUAGCUAGAUUAUGUACUAUUUCGAUUAUUAAGAAAAUUGGUGCGAGUAUGUAUGUAAUAUGGCAACUAUUGAGUCAUCAA